UCCUCUUAGUGCAAAACAUUUGUUUGAUGAGAUAUCUUCCUCUCCCAUUUUUUCUUUCCUAAAGAAAAACAAAAGCUUAAAUAACCUUUCUUCUCCUUUCACUUCUCUCUUUUCCUACUCCCGAAACCCUAAUUCACUUCAUCGUUUACGGUGAGUAACCAACAGCAACAGAAAGAGGAAAGAAAACUUCGGUUUUUUGUGUGUCUGGAAAGUUGGUUUUCUUUUUUUAAGAGGAGAUCAAGUUCGAUAUCAGAGGAAGGGGAAGCUUUAAAUUUAUUUUACAAGGAUGUACUUUCUUUUCAUUCAUUUUUUGCCUACGUUUUCGCUCUCUUCAUAUUUGCUUUAACCCUUUUGAUUUCUAGCUGCCAUGGAUUCCGGUAACAGUAGUAGCAUGCAGUCUUCAAGUGGUGGUGGGGGUGAUGAAGAGUAUGACUCAGUCUCGAGGCCUGACUCAGUCCCAGCUUUUCUGAACAACACUUCAGGUCAUUUUAACCCCCUAUCAAAUCAACACCCAGAUGAGCCACCUACUUUAUUUGAUCCUUCUGCAAAUUAUCUCAACCCUUUCUCUCUAUCUCUACCAAACAAUUCUUCGCUGAUGAAUUUUGAUGGGGUUGGUUCUCGGAUGAGGCUAGGAUCUGAACCCAACACCACUGACCUCGGUCAAGGCUCGUCUUUGUCGAGCCAGUUUAUCUUAGGCUCACAAGGACUUGAUCAAGGUUCAUUCCCGAGCCCAUCAUCGAUGCAACCGAGGUCAGCUCAUGACAACGGUGUAAAGAACCCGAAGAAGAGGACAAGAGCAUCGAGGAGAGCUCCGACUACAGUUCUCACCACCGACACAACCAAUUUUAGAGCAAUGGUGCAAGAAUUCACUGGGAUCCCAGCACCGCCGUUUUCUGGUUCGUCGUAUUCUAAAAGGCUCGACCUUUUCGGAUCUGGUUCAGGUUCUCUUUACCAUUUACGUCCCUCGGCUAAAAGGCUUCACACGGCUCCAUUUGCAUCAUCAUCUUCUCGUUCAUUGUUAAACAACCAUUUACUCGAUGCUGCUACAACAAGCAACACCGCCAUGGCGAAUGCUUUCUAUCCCUCUGAUUUAGGCUUACUAAAGCAGCCUCAGAGCAUGCAAAACCAGAGCCAAAUCUUAUCGUUCCAGUCCUUCCUAGACCCUCCUCCUUUACACCCAUCUCUUAGUUCGCCUGGCUUCGGUGUGAAGCCCAUUGGAAGCUCUCCCAUGCCUUCCGGUGAUGAACUGGGGUUGAGUCACGGUCAUUUAACACCAGAAGCGGCGCGUUCGAGGAUCGACAGCAACUGGAAUGAUCAUGGCGUUGGAUUGAACGAUAGUAAUUAUGGUGGCAAUGAGCAUAAUUCACAAAGAGUUAACAGCUGCAAACUGAACUACUCGGCUUCAUCGUCAGCUUUCCACCAUGACAAGGGAUUGGAGAAUGUUUUAUCGAGAGCUGAAGGUACACUCGAUUCAUGGAUUUGUCCUACAGACUAGAAACCACACAUCACUGCUUUUAACUUAAUUUGCAGAAGAACCAGAAGGGUUUAUUUUCUUCUUUUUGUUUAUUUUAGAAAAUAAUUAAUUCUUAAAUCCAUUAUAAUA